UCCACAUACGGCACUAAGCAUUCAGCCAAAGGCACUCACUUUACUAAAAAGAACGUACCUCUGAAUGACUCCGACACUGUCAAAUGGAAGUGGGCACUCUCUAAGCCCACUUUAUGCUCACCCAAUUUAGCGGACAUCUGGGAGAACCAACUGACAUCUCUCGAAGAUUGGGUGGCCGAAGAGAAGAAGAGAACAGCUACGGAUUCUAAGAUCAAUACUUGCGCCGUCAAGAGCAACAACGACCUGCAGUAUGCGGACCUCAUCAUUGUGACAUCGAAUCGCAUCUAUGAGUCAGGAAACCGCUCCCCGACGAAUGAAAAGAAAGAUUGCGAAUGAGGCGAACAUGACGGGUCAACAGACCACGCCGAUGUCCACAACAACUAUAGCAAGCACAAUCGAACCCGUAAAUGUCCCAAUGCCUACCGCAGAUGAAGUCUUUCAGGGAGCUCUUUACGAUCCAAGAAUCCUCCCCGACUACCGCGGAUCGUACUUCCAACUGCGUCAAAAUAAGCUCAAACAACUCAAUAUCUUCGACACGCCAGAUAACGACUUCAGGUUGGUUCCCAUGCACGAAACGUACGCCAAAUUAAGACCGGGAACACUCGUUCUCGCUGUCUGCGAAGCGCACGUAUAAAACAUUGUACAGAAUGGGACACCUACAAACAUUCCAGCUAGGAGUACAAGCGAUCAAAAUUCUUGAUCCCUCUGACGAGCCUAUCGAAGAACGGUUUAUCCCAAUUCUUUCGUCGACUUCAACAGAGAUGUCAAAUGACAAUUCAGCGAUCGCUAGCUUCUCCACGUUCGAUGUCGGUAUCAGCCCUACGAAGAAAUCAAAGCAUGCAAAGGGGGGAAAAGGCAAAGAAAAAAUGGAUUGAUCACUGUUUCAGCCUGAGCAUUGCCAUGUACUUGUACCGAUGAAUUGUGUCUCUUCUGCCUGACUCGUUCAAUACUACUUACGUGUAUUUGUAACAACCCCUGGUUUUUUCACAAUGGUACGCCUGACUCGUCUAAAAAAGUCUGAGUCGCUCAAGAGGCAGGGACGGG